CAUUCUUGGCUACUGGUGCAGAGCGAAAGUGACCUCAAAUUGCUGCAGAAACUCUGGCCGCUGUCAGUCCCAGCAGGCAUCUGAGCAGGCAGCAAAUCUGGAUUGCUGCUGAAGAGAUGGGUGUCACCCAUGGGAAAAAGAGAGAGCUCCAACAUUGUCCACGAGCGCACCGUAACCAGUCUGUCUCUAUGAUGCGGAUGCACCAAAAUGAACAACAUUCUGAAUUCCCAAAGCUUCAGUCUCCGAGUGAGGAGGAGAAGAGUACUCUAAUCAGGCCCCAGAAACCUGUCUGUCCUUUAACUGCCUCCAGGAGCCACCAGGAGCUCCACAAAGAACUUUGGAUGAGCCACAGGAGGAGAGUGGCUAAAGAAGGAAAAACUGAACUCCAGAGAGCUCUGGAGCAGAGGAAAUGGGAACAAAGGAUGGCGGCAAGACGGGAUCAGGAGGAGGCAAAAUGGAACAUGUCACCUCUUAAUCAAGAGCUGCUGAAAAGACAAUGGAGGCUUGAAAAUCUGGAAAGAGAAGAGAAGAGCAAGCAGGAGGCACCGGAGUUUAUCCAAGUCAAGGAAAGACUGAGGAGGACCACAGGGCUCAAUGUCACAGGGAAAUGAGUGUCCUGUAUUUGUGAUCUUUUAAUAAUCAGCUAAAUAGACAUUUGGAAAUAAACCGACUUGGUCAAGAGCGUCACUGUGUUUUACCGGCAUAGAAAUCUGUAUAAAUGUUUGUGUCUGUGUCUAUUACUUAAUUACUGCUGUUAGAUUUAUAUGUUUCAUAACAACUUACAGUAGGUAACGGUGACAGUAAAAAAAAGUCAUUGGUAAUGCAAAUAUAAACCAAGUGAUGAGUGUGAGAAUCACAAUUUUAUUAUAUUUUACUAUAAAUUAAUAUAGUGCAUCCCUAAUGUGUCCUUAAUCUCCAAUAUCAUAACAUUCCCCAUAUUAUAUUUAGAAAUACUAUCAGCAGCUGAUUGUCAGUAUUUACUCUUUGCACGUAUGUUAAGGCAUUUAAACAUGAUAUAAGAUGCUAUAUAGUAAAACUAAUCAAAAUUUGGUCAAGGGUCUACUUAUAUGUACACAUUACUGCCUGUAUCAAAUCACGUUCUUUAAAAAAACUGGAUUUGUGUGCUGUUUACUCUCAAAGAAAUGGGAAAAAUGUCUGGCAAGCUGCAGUGGCACACACAAUGCAUAGACAAGGAAGUUUUAUUUCAUUUCCUGCAGUCGUAUCUCUGUGGGUACAAAUUGUAUUUUCAUACAUCUUUUUCAAUAACCCAUGAUGCAUUGCAUCCAUACAUUUGUAGCUCAAAACAGCUUUUAC